AGCGCCGAGUCCCUGCCAGCACGAGAGCCUCCUCCUCUUCCCCUGGCGGAGAACGUCGAUCCGAAGAGCUCCUUGCCCCGCCUCCGUCGCCGCCUUCGUCCGCCCGUCGGUGUUCGAGGCGCCCCUUCCUGCUGCUCUCUCUCCUCGCCUCAAGAUGCGUUCGGUGAUAUGCGGAGUUCUCGUCCUGCUGGCCUGCUGCUGGUGCCCUGCUGAAGGCUGGGGUUAUAUCUUCAGCAGGUUCCGGCCAGAGUCCCAGAACAACCUGGGAUACGGAAGCGCUGGCUACAGUGGCUACAACGGUCCCUUGGCUGAGCGGCUGGUGUCUCCUCGCGAACAGCUGAUGGAGGCUCUCCUGAGUGAGGAGAUCCUGGAGGAGCAAGGCUGCGAAGGGCGUCGCUGUACCGCCAACGAGCACUGCUGCGGCGGCCACGUCUGCGUCGACUUCGAUGGUGCAUCAGGAACUUGCCUGUCAUCCGUGGGUCAGCGUGAAGGUGCUGAGUGCCGCAGUGACUCUGAGUGCGCUGCUGGCCUCCUCUGCGAUAUGGGAUCUUGCGUGCAGUUCCAGGGCAAGAAGCGCUACAACGAGCCUUGCAGUGUGAGCACAGAGUGCGAAAUUGGCCGCGGUUUGUGCUGCCAGGUGGUCCGCCGUCAUCGCCAGGCGCCCAAGACGCUCUGUGGAUAUUUCAAGGACCCCAUGAUCUGUAUCGGUCACGUGGCCACAGACCAGGUCCAGCACAUCGUGGAACACACCGAUGGAGAAAAGAGACUGACGGGGAAAACGCAUGAUUACGUCAGCAUUUAAGCUUCCCGGGACAGAGAGACAGCUUGAGGAGAGUCUCUGAACAACACUUGAUUAUGGAACUGGACGAGGGGAAAAGAGAGGGGAUGAGAAUUUGGGAAACCACUCUUAUGUAUUCACGAUGUAGCUGGUUCAGUGGUUAUUAAAUAAAGUCAUAAUUAAGUCUUCCCCUUCCCGUUUUCUCUAUUUUUUUGCGUGGCAGUGUGUACGCAUAUCAUAAAGGCAAGGGGAGACUUCGCUAUGUAGUUAGCCAUCCAAUGAAUCGAAGCAGGGAUUAACUUCUAGUUUCUUAGCUAGUUCUUAGUCGUUUAAGUAGGAGCUUCAAGAACGUGGGUCCCCUUUGGAGCUCUCAAGGAAGACCUCCGGGCCGGUAGAGCUUGAGGACCGAGGAUAAGGUCCCAAGCUCUGACCUCCCACUAAAUGGUAAGCUCGCCAGCUCCCCCUCAAGCAAGUGAUGUUCAAGAAUCUCGUUGGUCAAAGUCUCUGAGGAUUCCAGGAAGGCGAGACAAGUCUUAUUAGAUUAAUAAUUAAAUAAACAAGGUGUGAGCCGGUUUAGUCACCUGGGAAUUAGAAAACUGAUUUUUUGCAUUUAUUUAACCCUGUGUCUCUUGAGAUUAUAUAUGUGAGUCUGAUUGUGCUGAUGCUUUUAGGCAUCUGUCUAUAUAAUACAGGUUACCAAUCACAUAUCAUUCUUAAUAACGUAUCUAAUCUCUUUAAGGAAAUCUCUUAGAUCGGAAGAUGUCAGAAACUGAUUUAGGACAUAGUCUAGAGACCUAUAACCAACGGACGAUCCAUAUUUCGCUCUAUAAGGCACUUCGAUUCAGUGUUGGGUUUUUCUCCUUAGGUUCCAACCCCAAGCCCAUGCCAGCUAUGAGCCCAGGAUUCACGUACUUAUCGGCCCCACCAAGUCGUGUAGGAGCGGGACCCUCCGUCGCGACAAUGAGAGACGGUGUCGAGGAUAGGAACUUACUCAUAAGUAUUACAGCAGGCAUGGUGUUUCGUGUGACGUUUGUGUAUGGUACCUUUCAUCAAAGAAAGUGGUCGCCUCGUACCACGAAAAUCCUAUUAAAGUAAACAUAUAUAAAAAAUAAUGAUAAUAACCUUUCAUCACUUCUUGUUGUGUAUUGACCUGAGCUCUUGGUACUCUCGUGCCCGAGUUUCACUUAACCACACUGAAACAGCGGCCUCCCUGUGGUCCUGUUCCACUCUGGUUUGAAAAGUAGUAGGGUUCAUUCAAGUACAGGCAGAUAGUGCACUGAAUAAAUGUAAAUUGAAUUAGC